CCUGGUUAUUCUUGGUAUUGUAUCGGGUAUAUUAAAAAUAAAGGAGAAGCAAAAAAUAAUCCCGAACCUCAGCAAUUUCUAUCCAUGGAAAAGAAUCCAGAACGUGUAAAAGAAUUGCUUACCUGGAUCCAAGAUGCAAUAGCAACUGGAAAGUUAUACAAUCCUGUCUAUAGUAUUAAUGGAAAAUGCAGUACAGAAGUAUUUAGUAAAUUUUUAAAAUCAUAUAGUAUUAUAGCCAAAAGAUUAAGAAAAAUUGGAAGCAAACAUGCUUCUAGAGUUCAUGGUGAUCCAAAACCUGAACCUGAAGCCCUAGCUCCCAUACCCAAGGCAAUUAAUGAGAAUACUUCUGAAAUUGAGGAUAUCUAUGACUUAUAUGAGAAUAUUUAG